CAUUAAACAAUCAGUCAUAACCCCAUAAUUAGUCGACAAUUUAGAGCUAAAUUGCGAAGAUCAAGGUGCAAAAAGUGAUUGGAAUUCCUUCGAAAAUCUCCCUCGGAUUAAUGAUUCGCGCCAAUAACCAGCCGUGCUAAUCGCGAUAUCCUCAAACGUAGUGUUUGCUGCAUAAUUGAUAAGAAAUUCGCUUUUGUUUACCAAAUAGCAUCAGCACAACAAUGUUACAGGCAGGACUUGAUGGUGGUCGAUACAUCAGGGAAUAACGACAUAAUAAGUCAACAACAAGCGCUUAUCCGAUAAGUAAACUGGACGAUGACUUUUUAGCGAUAGCGAGCAAGCAAGUGUGCUUUUGUGCUGGUCUAUGGGCUGUUUCACUUUGCCGUUGAAUAUUUGGAAGAGAUUUGUCUUGCAGUUGAACCGACAAACAGUUGGUUUAUUAUAUACAGUAUGGCGUUCGACUCGACAUUAAGCGGUGCUGAAAAGUUUCCUCAACUCUGAAACGCCGCCCGACCGCGUGCUGGAUGUCAAGUCAGCCGCGUUUACCUCGCGAGAGAUCCAGAUGCGGGAAGACGGCCUGAUCCUCUACUGGCCCCAGAAGACCAACAACCGAAACGAAAAGCCCACGUUCGAGAUUGUUUUACAUCGGCCCACCACCGAAACACUCGUCCAAACAUUCAGCUUGUAUCGCGCUAAUAACCUGGAAGAUGCCGAAAUAAAGUUUAUAGCCCUUCAUGAAAAACUGCCCGUUUUCAUUGAGAUCGCCAAAGAGAUGUGCAACGUGAACGGGCUGCAGAAACUUUGCGACAUCAUCUUUGAGUAUCCGAGCUGGACCUUGGCGCAUAUCGCCGCCUACUGUGCGCUCCACGAUUGCUUGAGGAAUCCCCAAGUGAACUGUUUCCUCAACAGCAGCGACAGCCAAAAGGGAAUGUCGCCCUUACAAGUCGCCAUCACCACUCGCAAUCUUAAGACCGUCCAGCUACUGGUGGCAUCCAAUUGCUCGUUGGAACAUGUGGACUUUGAGGGCAACUCGGUGUUUCAUUACGCUGCCAGCAGCACCAAAGAAAUUAUCUCGACGUUGGCGCAGGGCUCUGAUCCAAAAUGCUUGAAUUCGCGCAACAAGAACGGCUACACGCCCCUGCACAUGGCCUGUUUCACCGAUAAUACCGAUUGCGUGCAAGCCCUCCUGCUGGCAGGAGCCGAUGUGAACAAGCAGGCAACUGGGGACGGCGACUACACGGAACCCUGCUACGUUGGCCUGUUCCUGCAGGACAACCCGGGAACUCUGGACCUGGAAGACAUGAAGAACGGCGGCACGCCCGUGCAUUGGGCCAAGUCGCGCUCCGUCAUCGAAGCGCUGAUUGAAACCAACUGCAACAUCAAUGCGGUAAACUUUGAGGGCAAAUCCGCGCUUCAUGUGAUGGUGGAUAGGAACAGGCUGGACUGUGUAGUGGCGCUGCUCAGUCACCAGGCCAAAACCGAAAUGCCCGACCUCAAAGGCAACCGGCCGAUCCAUUCGGCGGUGAAAAAGGGCUACUUGCCAAUCCUUCAAGCGCUGAUAGUGUUUGGCGCCGACCUGGACGUUUUGAAUAAUGCUGGAGAAUCGCCCAGGCAUGCGAUGUCCAGAGAACUGGAGCCGAAACUACUGUAUUACCUGCAUGCUGUUGGAGCCCGGCGCUGUAGGGCCGACAUGGUCGGCUGCACGGACGGUUGCAAGCAGCAUGGCACUUACGAUGGAAUCCCCCCGCCAAAGGUAAUCGGCCCAGCCAAUCGAGACUUCCUAAAUCAAAUGCUAGCGGUGGCUGGGAUGGAGGAGGCCGCUCGAAAGCACAAGCGGGGCGAGUUUCCGAAAAAGGGGCGGCUGCUCUGCUUGGACGGGGGCGGAAUCCGGGGCUUGGUGCUCGUGCAAAUGCUGCUCGAGCUCGAACUGACCUUCCAAAAGCCGGUCAACCGGUGCUUUGACUGGCUGGCCGGCACCAGCACUGGCGGGAUUCUGGCCUUAGGAAUCGCGGCCGGGAAGACGAUGAAAGACUGCCAGUGCCUGUACUUUCGCCUCAAGGAGAAAACGUUUAUCGGCGGCCGGCCCUACUGCAGCGAGAACCUGGAGAACGUCAUGAAAGAUACCUUUGGCCCUGAGACGGUCAUGUCGGACAUCAGAUUCCCGAAGGUGAUGGUGACGGGGCUGCUGGUCGAUAGGAAGCCAGCCGAGCUGCAUCUGUUCCGCAACUACAACAGUCCAGGCAACAUUCUGGGCGUGAAACAUGACUCGCCCUAUGAGCUGCCGCCGCCGCCCGAGCAGCAGUUCGUUUGGCAGGUGGCUCGAGCCACUGGAGCCGCUCCCACAUACUAUCGGCUGUUCCAGCGCUAUUUAGACGGCGGUCUGAUUGCGAACAAUCCCACUUUGGACGCCCUCACCGAAAUCCAUGAGCAUUGUUUGGCGCUGAGAGGGUGCGGCAAAGAGGAUGAGAGUUGCCCGGUCUCGAUUGUGGUCAGUCUGGGCACAGGAGUCAUCCCCGUCACGGAACUGAAGGAGGUCGAUGUAUUCCGGCCGGGAUCCAUCUGGGAUACCACUAAAAUUGUUCUAGGCAUCCAAAACUUGGGCACUCUGCUGGUGGAUCAAGCCACCAGCAGUGACGGAAGGGUGGUGGAUCGAGCGCGCGCCUGGUGCUCCUCCUUAGGCAUUCCCUAUUUCCGAUUUUCUCCUCAACUGUCCGAGGACGUGGCGAUGGACGAGAAAUCGGACGAAAAAUUGUGCAACAUGCUGUGGGAAACCAAGGCCUACAUGCACGAGAACAUGAGCGUGAUGCGGGAACUGUGCGAUUUUCUAAACCGCAGCUAGAGCUUUUACCUCCUGGGCUUACCAUUUGUUGUGCUAUUAUUAAUUAUCCAUCUUAGGAAAUUGAGCCAUUGAUUCUUUCAUUCCAUGACAUGUAAAUUAAUUUCUUUAACCGGGGAUAUAAACAUGAACACUCCACCUUAGGGCCGUUUUUAUCCAAAUGGGCCCGAGCAGUUCAAAUGAAUUGCUCCUUUACGCUUAGGGUAUUAUGAACGAGCACAAUAAACCAUCAAGAUAUGAUAAA